AUGGCUGGUGACAACUACACAAGGGUUACAGAGUUCAUUUUGGCAGGUUUGAGUGACAACCCCCAAUUGCAGGCCUCCCUCUUCCUGCUCUUCCUGAGUUUCUACGUCAUCAAUCUAACUGGAAACUUGGGUAUGAUUAUUCUGAUUCGGAUUGAUUCCCGCCUUCACACACCCAUGUACUUUCUCCUCAGCCACUUGUCCUUUGUGGACAUGUGCUUCUCCUCUGUUGUGAGCCCCAAGAUGCUCACGGACGUCUUUGCGAAGAGGAAGGCCAUCUCCUUCUUGGGCUGUGCUUUGCAGCAGUGGUUUUUUGGGUUCUUUGUGGCAGCAGAGUGUUUUCUCUUGGCGUCCAUGGCCUAUGACCGCUAUGUGGCCAUCUGCAACCCGUUAUUGUAUUCUGUUGCCAUGUCCCAGAGACUCUGUAUCCAGCUGGUGGUUGGUCCCUAUGUCAUCGGGUUCAUGAACGCCAUGACCCAUACAACAAAUGCAUUCCGUCUUCCUUUUUGUGGCCCCAAUGUCAUUAAUCAUUUCUUCUGUGAUAUGUCCCCCCUCCUUUCCCUUGUAUGUGCUGACACAAGGCUUACUAAGUUGGUAGUUUUUGUCGUAGCUGGAGCUGUUGGAGUCUUCAGUGGUCUGACUAUCCUGAUCUCCUACAUUUACAUCCUUGUCGCCAUCAUGAAGAUCCACUCUGUGGAUGGGAGGCGCAAAGCCUUUUCUACCUGCUCUUCUCACCUGACGGCCGUCUCCAUCCUGUAUGGUACUCUUUUCUUUAUUUAUGUACGACCUAGAGCAAGUCUGUCUCUGGAUCUCAAUAAAGUGGUGUCAGUGUUUUACACUGCAGUGAUCCCCAUGUUGAACCCACUUAUCUACAGCUUGAGGAACAAGGAAGUCAAAGAUGCCAUCCACAGGACUGCUGCUAAGAGGAAGUUUUGUAUGGCCUAAAUUCUCAUGUCGUCAGGAAAUUGGGAGACAAUUCUAAAAAGACAGACUAAUUGUGUGGAUUCC